GGCUGCUCACGCUGCCUCCCCCCCCCCCCCCUCGGCGAGCUAGCAUGAAAUCUCCCUGCCUCUGUCGAGAUCAAAUGGAACUCCUCGCUCAGGGGGUGCGAGUAUUACCUCCGCCAUGCAAUUUCCACUAUCAAUAAUUUAACUUCUUUGCUGCGGAACAGAAGGAGUGCAUACAGGGCACCAAAGACUUCCCCCUCCCCUUCUUUUUAAACGAAGGGAGCGUGGGAAAAAAAAAAAAAAAAAAAACAAGACUGGGAGUUUUCGGGCUGAAGUCUCCCCCUGAGCAGCUGCCUUGAUGUUUACUUUGACAAGUAGUAACUGAAAAGUUCCACCAGGUGAGAAGAGUGAUGACCAUCCUUUUCCUUACUAUGGUUAUUUCAUACUUCGGUUGCAUGAAGGCUGCCCCCAUGAAAGAAGCCAACAUUCGAGGACAAGGCAGCUUGGCCUACCCAGGUGUGCGGACCCAUGGGACUCUGGAGAGCAUGAAUGGGCCCAAGGCGGGUUCUAGAGGCCUGACCUCAUUGGCUGACACUUUCGAACAUGUGAUAGAAGAGCUGUUGGAUGAGGACCAGAAAGUUCGGCCCAAUGAAGAAAACAAUAAGGAUGCGGACAUGUACACUUCCAGGGUGAUGCUCAGUAGUCAAGUGCCUUUGGAGCCUCCUCUUCUCUUUCUGCUUGAGGAAUACAAAAAUUACCUGGAUGCUGCAAACAUGUCUAUGAGGGUCCGACGCCACUCUGACCCUGCCCGCCGUGGGGAGCUGAGUGUGUGUGACAGUAUUAGUGAGUGGGUAACAGCGGCAGAUAAAAAGACUGCAGUGGACAUGUCGGGCGGGACGGUCACAGUCCUGGAAAAAGUCCCUGUAUCGAAAGGCCAACUGAAGCAAUAUUUCUACGAGACCAAGUGCAAUCCCAUGGGUUACACAAAAGAGGGCUGCAGGGGCAUAGACAAAAGGCAUUGGAACUCCCAGUGCCGAACUACCCAAUCAUACGUGCGGGCCCUGACCAUGGAUAGCAAAAAGAGAAUUGGCUGGCGAUUUAUAAGGAUAGACACUUCCUGUGUAUGUACAUUGACCAUUAAAAGGGGAAGAUAGUGGAUUUAUGUUGGAUAGAUUAUAUUGAGACAAAAAUUAUCUAUUUGUAUAUAUACAUAACAGGGUAAAUUAUUCAGUUAAGAAAAGAAAUUAAUUUUAUGAACUGCAUGUAUAAAUGAAGUUUAUACAGUACAGUGGUUCUACAAUCUAUUUAUUGGACAUACCCAUGACCAGAAGGGAAACAGUCAUUUGCGCACAACUUUAAAAGUCUGCAUUACAUUCCUCGAUAAUGUUGUGGUUUGUUGCCGUUGCCAAGAAUCAAAAACGUAAAAAAAGUUUUAAAAUCAUCAUAAUAAAUUGCAUGCUACUUUAAUUGUGAAUUGAUCAUACACUGUCCUCUUUCAGAAAACAAAACAAAACAAAAAGACAAAAAUUUGAACCCAAACAUUCCGUUUACAUUUUAGACAGUAAGUAUCUUCAUUCUUGUUAGUACUCAAUCUGUUUUAACUGCUUUUAACUUCUGAUGGCGUUGGAAUUAAAACAAUGGCAAGGUG